AUGUUAAAUGAGAUUUUCCCUAAAAAACGUUCAUUCUCUUUAUCUUCAUCUAUCAGACCACCUCUUAUGAAUCUGUUCCUUGAUCUUCUCUCAUCUUCCAUUACGACAAGUAACGUGAGGAUCAUACCGUUCGUUUUGGGUCCUUCGCUCGUCCGACCUAGAUCUUUGUAUCCCACAUCUGUAUCUCCCUCUUGGACCACUCUUCAGCCCGAUGUCUUUGUAUCUCCCGCAGAGUCUUCCACCAUUCUUCCACACGAUCGAUCGGCAUCUCUCUUUGUGGGUAUGAUGGACGUCAGGGAAGAAGGUUCAAUCAAUCCAUUUUGGACAAUGUUCACCGUCACUGGAUCGAAAUCGCGUGUACGACUGUCCGUCCUCGACGUCAGCCAGGAUGGUCGAGGACAAGAACGAGUACGUAAAUCCAUCCAACUGUUGAGUGACGUGGAGAUGUCAGGUCUGGAAGAUUGGUUAGGUUUGGGAUAUGAUGAUGAUGAUGAUGAUGAUGAUGAUGGAAAGGGAAAGGGAAAGGUCGGGAAGAUGGGAUCGAUAGAGAAUAUAGAAUUGAUGAAUCCAACGAAAAUAAAGACCGACACUAAGACCGAAACAUUUACGUUUAUCCCCGGUCAAGGUGUAUACGAACUAUGCAUGAUGAACGACAUUCUCACCGACCCGACAAUCUUUGAAUCCUUUCAAUGUCUCUUGCAAGUGAAGAAAUCUCGUUGUCCCGAUCCCUCCAUUUCACCUCGGGUGGACGGUACGGCUACGGCUACGGCUACGCAUCCACUUUUCAAUCCCUCUACUUGUCAAACAACCUUGACCAAUCAUCUCCUUUUCAUCGGUCUUGACAGAUGGUAUCAGAUGGUGGAAUUACUUUGUUUUGUCCGUGAUGAACCUCUUCAAGUCGUUGGCAAGUGUUUGAAUCGUUUUGGAUCAUCUCACGUCUCUGGAUGA